GUCUUCAGGCCCUCAGUCAGUGAGUGGCAAGCCAGGCCCAGGGGGUGCCAGGCCCGUCGGAACGUCCCCUUCUCAGGAGUCUGGAAGGCUGUGGUCCCUCACCUCUGCCCUGCAAGGUGGGACCUGUCCUGGAAGAAGAAACCAGACCAGGUGUUGGCUACAUUUGUGAUUUUAAGAAAGCCUGAGGGCGGGAAGCAGCCCUGGGAGAAGCCCUUUUCCUGGCCAGUCAGAACCUUCUGGUCCUAGAGGCGAAGCCGAACCCUCACCUGGACUUAUGACCCGUGGCUUCCCUCCCAGUCUGCCUGUCGAGUUCCACAAGAUGGGCUCCUUCCGCAGGCCUAGACCCCGCUUCAUGAGCUCCCCGGUGCUCAGCGACCUGCCCCGAUUCCAAGCCACCCGGCAGGCUCUGCAGCUGAGCUCCAGCUCAGCCUGGAACAGCGUCCAGACUGCUGUGAUCAACGUUUUCAAAGGGGGUGGCUUGCAAAGCAACGAGCUCUAUGCACUGAAUGAAAACAUCAGGCGGCUGUUGAAGAGUGAACUUGGAUCGUUCAUUACAGACUAUUUCCAGAACCAGCUUCUCGCAAAAGGACUGUUCUUUGUGGAGGAGAAGAUCAAGCUGUGUGAAGGUGAAAAUCGCAUUGAGGUUCUGGCUGAAGUCUGGGACCACUUCUUCACUGAGACUCUCCCCACCCUGCAGGCAAUAUUUUAUCCAGUUCAGGGCCAGGAGCUGACCAUCCGCCAGAUCUCCCUGCUGGGCUUCCGAGACCUGGUCCUGCUGAAGGUGAAGCUGGGAGACUUGCUGCUGCUGGCGCAGCCCAAGCCGCCCUCAUCCAUCGUCCAGAUGCUGCUCAUCCUGCAGGGUGUUCACGAGCCCACAGGCCCAAGCGAGGGUUAUUUGCAGCUGGAGGAGCUGGUGAAGCAAGUGGUUUCUCCUUUCCUCGGCAUCAGCGGGGACCGCGGCUGCUCAGGCCCCACGUACACGCUGGCCAGGCGGCACUCCCGGGUCCGGCCCAAGGUGACUCUACUGAACUAUGCCUCGCCGAUGAGCACGGCCAGUCGGCCACUGAACGAGAUGGCCCUGACGCCACUGACAGAGCAGGAGGGGGAGGCCUACUUGGAGAAGUGUGGCAGCGUGCGGCGGCACACGGUGGCCAACGCCCACUCGGACAUCCAGCUGCUGGCCAUGGCCACCAUGAUGCACUCAGGCUUGGGGGAGGAGGCUGGCAGUGAGGACAAGUGCCUGCUCCUGCCGCCCAGCUUCCCCCCGCACCCCCGGCAGUGCUCCAGUGAGCCCAACAUCACCGACAGCCCCGAUGAACUGGAGGAAGGGGCGGGUGGCAGCCAGGAGGGCUCAGAGCUGAACUGUGCUUCCCUCAGCUGAGUGGAGAUCUCCAGGGCUUCCCAGCUCGUGCUGUGCAACCAGGAUGCAGACCGCUCCAUCCCAGUGGGCAGCCGAGGGGCUCUUCCUCUGGGCAAUGUGGCCUUAUUUCUUUUAGGGUACAGGCCUGGUUGAAAUGCCCUGGGGGAGACCCUUGUGGUAAACCUCUUCAUUUUGGUGACUGUGACCCCCCCUCUUUGCAGCCACAGAGACCCAGUUGCCUCAUGGUCACUUUCUGACUUCCAGCCUUGCCUGCCUGACUCAGAUCCUCAUCUCUGAGCCUUUUCCCCCCCAGAUGUUGGACUGCCAAGUCCUCCCAAUGAUACAGCCAAUGCCCUCGGCAUGACUAUAGCCGGAGGUUGUUAGGACCACACACAAAACCACCAAGGAUGUGCUGGUCUUUGGGGUUCCCCUGUGGGUUCCCUGUGAUGCAGAGGCUUGUGCGUGAAGAGAGCUAGGAGGGAGGUAACCCCUUUGCCCUUUCCUUUUGUGUAGAGUGAAAGUAGACUGCACUGCUACCACAUGGCUCUGGGAAUGUGGCUUCCUUAUUUUAGUUUCAGAGUUACUGGGAAAGAGCUGCCCCACUGGUAGGGGAGGGUCUGUCUGCCUUUACUGCAUCCAGAUCCUGUGCUGCCUGCACGAAGGCCUUUGGCUUCUGGCCCCGGAAGGUGGCAAGGCUGGAGCAGCCCCGUCUCUCAUUGAGCGGUGCAUUUCCCUCUCAAGUUUUCCCCCAAGCUCAAGGAACUAACCUCCGGAGGAGUAGCUGCUGCCUGAAUCUCUCUCUCAUUUCAGAAAGGGACCGUUUCUUAUUGUGGGUGUGAGAGGCCGGCUGAUAUCAACCAACUAGUCUGUACCUGGAUUUGACUUGAAUUUUUAACAUGUGUAUUGUUU